AACAUGUCCCAUGCAAAUCCAUACGUCAUGUUGUACCGUAUCAGAUGCUUUGCGGUAGUGGGCGAAAUCCGUGCUAGAAAUGUUCCUUCCGGCUUGUUUUUGUGCCUGAGAUUUUAAUCCUUUCUCCGGGAAUCAUGCAGCUCCUGGGAAAGCCCGUAUGAAUCUGAUGUGAGGGGUGUGUGAGGAAGAAAAUGACGUGAAGCUGCGGAUUGCGGGGUAAUUGCGAUAUCGCCACACACACCAUCCGUCGCGAAUUUAUUUUGUAUGCCUCUUUUUGCUGAUUUCUCGCCGUUGGAAUCAAGGUCAGUGAGAUUUGGGGAAGUCGUACAAGCCUCCAAGAGAACUUGACCUUAACGCAAUAAGAAGUAAUGAAAUAGAAUCAGAAAAUCUCAGAGAGAUUUACAUCCCGGAAGAUUACCUGAGCACGGAGGGAUCAGCUUUGGAAGUAGGAAGAGUAGGAGGAUUUUUGGGGGAAUCUGUGGCACGGUGUAUAUGUUUACCUGGAUAGCCUUGUGGGUGGGGUGAAGCGUGGAGAAUUUUGCACGGAAGUUACAGUGAAAGUAACAACCAGUGGAGCCGAAGAUUGUUGGAGCUGUGGGUUCGGGUGAGUGGAAGUGGCACGAAGAGUCACACAGCCAUUCACUACAAGCACUUCGCCACGGAGUCACAUUCCUCCAGCAGCAGUCACUUGGAUCUCGGCACACAGCCCGUACGUGCUCUCACUUCUCUCUCAGUUUUGGAGUACAAUAAGCGCAAUUAGCUGGUUGAAACACCUGUGAGAGAUCACAGCAGGAGUCUCCGGUGGAAUUCAGGGAGUGCCUACGUGUACGUGAUCUCUCUGUGAUUUUUUUCGUUGAGGCACUUUUGGGUGAAAAGUGUGUGAAAAUACUAAUUAAAAGAAAAAGAAAAUUUCGUGCUCUCUGAAAACGUUAUUAGACCUAAUUAGCAAAUCCAAGUGAGAGCAGCAAAAGUUCCUGAGGACUUCCUGUUGGAUCUAUUUUAUGUUCUUCUGCCGCAAUCUAUGCGCAAUGACAUCAACAUACAUUGGUGGAGUCGAGGGUGGUGCAACACACUCAAAGUUGAUUAUUUGCGAUGAAACGGGUGGCAUUGUGGCAUCCGUCGUUGGCCCAGGGACAAACCACUGGAUGGUUGGUAUCCCUGAGUGUGCUCGACGUAUUGCUGAAAUGGCCACGAAGGCUAAAUCUGCGGCCAAUAUUCCUCAAACGCUGAAGCUAAAGUGUUUGGGAUUGAGCCUGAGCGGAUGUGAGCAGGAGGCUACGAAUAAGGGUUUGGAAGCUGAGCUGAAGAACUCUUGUCCGAGUUUAGCUGAGAACUACGUUGUUUGUAGUGAUACAGUGGGUAGCAUUGCAACGGUAUCCCCCCUAGGUGGGCUGGUUCUCAUCUCUGGGACCGGAUCAAAUGCCCUACUACGCAAUCCCGAUGGAUCUGUGUACAAUUGUGGUGGAUGGGGUCACAUAAUGGGAGACGAAGGAAGUGCCUGGUGGAUCUCUCACAGAGCAAUGAAAAUUGUCUUUGAUGAUCAGGAUAAUUUUGUAAAAAGCGUUCAUCCCACAAAUACCGUUUGGCAGCUAAUGAAGGAACAUUUUAGCGUUGAGACGCGUCUUGAUCUUCUCGAUCAUUGCUACGCUAAAUUCGAUAAACCCUUCUUUGCGGGGUUGUGUCUGAAAUUGGCCAAGGCAGCAAAUGACGGAGAUCGCCUGUGUCAGCAACUCUUCAUGGAUGCUGGGAAACUCCUGGCCAAAUCCAUCAUAGCCCUACUUCCGCGUGUUAGCGAAGAACUCGUCCGAAGCGGAGAGUUGAGUAUUGUCUGUGUGGGAUCAGUGUGGAUGAGUUGGGAUCUCCUCAAAAUGGGUUUUAUCAAGGAAAUGAAUACGACCUCCAUUAGCUACGGACUCACCCUAAAGCGACUGACUCAGAAUAUGGCUCUGGGAGCCACCUAUUUGGCCGCUGAUGCCAUUGAAUUCAAUCUCCCACGCGACUAUGCCAAAAACUACGAAGUUUUCUACAAGCACCACAAUACAGCCGCCGUCAAUGGGAAUGGGAUUGAGUGAAUACGUAAAUUGGGAAGCUCCUGGAUCCCCACCCCAAGUGAAUCUCUUUGUGUGAGAGAUCCCAAAAGUUUGUGAAGAGUUUUUCUUUUUUAAGGAUAAAGGGAAGGAGGCACGGAAGGAUUUUCAUCAAAACUUUAUUAUUUUAAAAACUUUUUGAUGACUUAAAAAUCUGUAAAACAGAAUUUUUCCUGCUUAAUACUACUUAAAUUUUAUAAGGCAAAGAGUCCUAAUGUGAUAAGACAGAUAAAGUUUGAGAGAGAAGAAAAUAUUAAUCUAAUCUACGACCAAAUAAAGUGAUAACGUUGUUAAAAAUUCAGAAUUUUUGCUUCAAAUUGUCCAGAUAAAAUGCAGGUGAAGUGUUUGGUCACUUCCUUCUUUUCUCAAAUAGAAACUUCUUAUCAAACCUUAUCAAGAUAAGAGAAUUUCUUAAAUGAGUUAUUUUGGGGGAUGUUUUGAUGAAAAUUCUUAUUGCAUGAUCAUUCAAAAUGAUUCCUUUUAUCAAUAAAAUUGGAUUUUAUUGUAAGAAAAAA